AUGACUAUUGAUGAUGCUCUAGAUAGCAUUGAAGGGGAAAAUAACCCACAAAUAUUAGUGAGAUGGCCCAAUAAUGCUUAUCUCGACUUCAUGGAAUUAGUUAUAGAGGGAAAUAUUUCCAAUAAAAUUGGUGAUAAGAUAAUCAAGUUUUUUAAUAAACACAGCAAUUUGGAAGAGUCACCAUUAUCUAGGUCCACCAAAAGCGGCAAAGAUUAUCUUAGUCAAAUAAGAUUACCUUCUAUAGAUUUUAAAGAGAAGGACAACGAUGGUGAAGUAAGAGUGUUUGGAGAACAGUAUGAAUGUGAUUGGUGGCAUGAAACAGAAAAGACAAUCCCUCCAAUAAAUCAUCUAUUGUCUGUCAUGUUAUAUUCUGAUGCAAUGACCUUUGAUAACCUUGUUGACCCUUUACUAAAAAAGCCAGAUGGGUUAUAUUUUGGGGUUCAAGGGCGACCAAGAGCUUUUGCUGCAUGGAUCUCAGUUUUUCUUGCAGAUAUGCUUAAGGCCAGUGAAAUAACUGCUACUUAUAAAGCAGCACUCAAAAAACUGGUCCCCAGAACUCCAGAAAAUAUACAGCAAAUUCUUAAUGAUAAUUGUGGAAAGGAAUUUUCUAUACAUAAUGACCAAUGGUCUGGACCACUGGUAAAGCGUAAAGAAUUAAUUUUAACUCCCAUAAUAAGUAAAGCUGUUCAUUGCAAAGUUGAGAGGUUUGGAAAGGUACUAUGGGAGUUGAAGCUGGAUGCUAUCGAUGAAAAAGUAAAAUCGUUAAAAAGUUCAAACCAAAUACAUCCAAACUACAUUGAAGGGUUGUCUGAAAUAGUUCCUGUGCUAUAUGCUUUCCUUGACACACCUUCACAGGAUUCAGUAAGUGAAGACUUUUAUGUAAAAGUCUAUGAUACAGUUUAUCUAGAAAGUGGUGAAAUUUUGAGGACUUCAGAUAACUUUCAAGGGAAAGAAUGGUUUAGCAACGUUGCAGUAUCUGCUGCAGAAGACCAAAUUCGGUAUAAGUCAGAUGAAGGUAUAUGUAUGGAAGAUUAUUAA